AUGCUUCGUGACGUUUAUGUGAACGUUGGAGCAGUGUUGGAAUAUGAUCCUAUGUUUGUACAAAGGCUAGUUCCCACACUGCUUUGCUGUUUUUCCCAAUUGGAGAUUCUCACCUUGAACAUUUAUGAUAAGAAGGAGGUUCUAACGACGCUCAAUUUCCCUGUGAUGCCUAAACUUAGGAAGUUGGUCAUCAAGAAAGUUUUAUGUGGAGUGGACUGGAGUCUUCUAGAACUAGCUCAUUUUAUCAAGGCAUCUCCCAACUUGCAAGAUCUUGAGUUAAAGCAACAAUGGUCUCAUGUUGAAAGCUCAAAUAGAGAAAUUCAGAAGGGAGUUAAGCAAUUUCCACUGCACCAACACUUGAAUGUUUUUCGGUUUUUAGGUUAUUAUGGUUGCCCGAGCGAUCUUGAAUUAGUCAACUACUUGUUGGAGAAUUGUGUCGCGCUUAAGGAGAUCAUUGUUGAUACCCAAUCUCCGGACCCUCUUGCCUAUGAGCCAGUUGAUCAUGAAGAAUUGAAAUUGGCCGAAGAAGCAAAGAUUUACGCUAAACAACAGCUAGAGCCGUUGGUACCAAAGCACAUCAGGUUAUUUAUAUGUUAA